GUGCCCACGUCUGGGUGUCCCUCAGGGCAGCGACAUGGCCUCCAUGUGGGCAGGCUGUGCCUAGCCUGGCUCCGGAGAUGGCAGUGGUGUUGUCUGGCACCAGGUUGCAGAGCUGAGGUGGGGGAAAUGCGGCUCUGUGGCUUCAUGGCAGCCGCUGGCGUGAGCCCUCCCAGCUCGCUCGACCUGCUGCAGCCCGGCUUCUCCAGGACACUCCUGGGGACGAAGUUGGAGGACAAGUACCUGUGCUCGGCCUGCAGGAACGUCCUGCGGCGGCCCUUCCAGGCGCAGUGCGGGCACCGCUACUGCUCCUCCUGCCUGGCCGCCAUCCUGAGCUCUGGGCCGCAGAACUGUGCCGCCUGCGUCCAGGAGGGCCUGUACGAAGAAGGCGUUUCUAUUCUAGAAAGCAGCUCGGCUUUCCCGGAUAAUGCCGCGCGGAGGGAGGUGGAGGGCCUGCCGGCCGUCUGCCCCAGUGACGGAUGCACCUGGAAGGGCACCAUUAAGGACUACGAGAGCUGCCACGAGGGGCGCUGCCCGUUCACACUGACCGAGUGCCCGGCCUGCAAGGGUGUGGUGCGCCUGGGCGCGAAGGAGCGGCACGCGGAGCUUGAGUGCCCAGAGAGGAGCCUCAGCUGCAGACACUGCAAGGCACCCUGUGGCGGGGCGGGUGCCAAGGCGCACUCUGAGGUCUGCCCGAAGGUGCCCUUGACCUGCGAAGGCUGCGGCAAGAAGAAGAUCCUGCGGGAGAAGUUUCAGGACCACGUGAAGACCUGCGGCAAAUGCAGAGUCCCUUGCAAGUUCCGUGCCGUUGGCUGUGCCGAGAUGGUGGAGAGUGAGCAGCAGCAGGAGCACGAGGCCCAGCAGCUGCGGGAGCACCUGGGCCUGGUGCUCAGCUCCCUUCUGGAGGACGGGGGCCGCGGCCUGGGCCAGGGCGAGGCCGGGGACUGGGAGGCCCGUGGGCUGGCCUCGCCGGGGCCCUCUCGCACUGCCGAGCUCCUGGAGAAGUGUGAGAGCCUGGAGAGGAAGAUCGCCACAUUCGAGAACAUCGUCUGUGUCCUGAACCGCGAGGUGGAGAGGGUGGCGGUGACGGCGGAGGCCUGUGGCCGGCAGCACCGGCUCGACCAGGAGAGGAUCGAAGCCCUGAGCAGCAAGGUGCAGCAGCUGGAGCGGGGCCUCGGGCUCAAGGACCUGGCAAUGGCCGACCUGGAGCAGAAGGUGCGCGAGAUGGAGGCCUCCACCUACGAUGGCAUCUUCAUCUGGAAGAUCACGGACUUUGCCCGCAAGCGCCAGGAUGCUGUGGCUGGCCGUGCCCCUGCCAUCUUCUCCCCAGCCUUCUACACGAGCAGGUACGGCUACAAGAUGUGUCUGCGCGUUUAUCUGAACGGCGACGGCACUGGGCGGGGCACCCACCUGUCGCUCUUCUUCGUGGUGAUGCGAGGCCCCAACGAUGCCCUGCUGCGCUGGCCUUUCAACCAGAAGGUCACGCUGAUGCUGCUGGACCAGAACAACCGGGAGCACGUCAUCGAUGCCUUCCGUCCCGAUGUGGCCUCAUCGUCCUUCCAGCGGCCUGUCAGCGACAUGAACAUUGCCAGCGGCUGCCCCCUGUUCUGCCCUGUCUCCAAAAUGGAGGCAAAGAACUCCUACGUGCGUGAUGAUGCCAUCUUCAUCAAAGCCAUUGUGGACUUGACAGGGCUCUAGGCUGCCCGGUGUGCGUCGGCUGCAGGGAGCUUGGGCGCAGGGCCCCCGGCCGAGAGGCCGGCGCUCCUCUGAGUGCAGGGCCCCAGGCGAGGGGCAGGUGCCUGGAGGGCCUGCAAGGCGGGCGGCCGCUGUCGAGAGCUGCUGGGCCAGGUCAGCUGGCAGUCGGUGGGGGCCUCCUGGUGGGGCGUUGGCAGGUGUUUUCUGUGGGGAGGGCACAGCUCUGCACUGGUGCUCCCUGCUUCCGGGCAAGGCCUUCGGGUCCGGGGAGCAGGAACCGCCCGGCCUUGUUGUCCGGCGCAGGAGCCCUGUGCAGCCCAGGGCCUGCCCUUGGCUCCUGGAGAGACAGGCCGUCCUCGCACCGAGCUGCUGGCUGUGGGGCGGGUGGGCAGCAGGGCAGGCCAAGUGGUGUGCUGUGCCCCUCAGGAGGGAGGGGACAGGGAGGGCGGCCGGCUGUGCCAUCCGGCUGAGAAGGAAUCAUUAAACCUUGAGAACCCUUGUGAGUGGUGUCCAUUGGCUCCAGUGGUUUGUGGCCUUGGCACAGGCACUCCCUGGAGGAGCCCCUGGCUCCCCCUCCCCAGGCCCUCAGCCGUCAGGGCCCAAAGUGUCCCAGGCCUGGCCCGUGUGGGGUGACCACUGCUCCCUGCAGGCGUCCGAGGGGCUGCAGGCAGCACGGUCCGGGAGAGCAGGGGGCUGCUUCUCCCGCAGGGGUCUGAUAGGCAGCGCCCCUCCCUGGAACUUGGGCUCCUCCAGGCCACGGCUCCCUCUGCAGCUGCCACAGGCACCCUGACGGCAGAGGGGGACCCCAUCAGCCUGCAGGAGGGGUGUGUGGGCGCACACUGGGCCUGCUGCACCUGGGACUUGGGCGUUGGCUCUGAGGGCCGAGUGGUUUCCACGCAGGAAGGGCUGGUGGUGGAACCGUGCCGGGAGACGGCUGCACCGGGAGCCCAGCACCGGUGGGGCAUGCCGCCUUCCUUGGGCAGCACCAGGCCUGCACUGUGGGAGUCCUCACGACACAGAAGAACAGCGUGAUGAGUGCACCCCAAAUCCACGCAUGUUCAUGCUUUGUAGUAUUUAUAUGUAUUUUUAAUUAAAAAGAUAAAACAUG